AUGGCUGAAUCAAGGAAAAUUCAUCCUGCUACUCUUGUGAACAACAUCAAGUCUUGCAUCCCUAUUACUCUCGAUUAUAAGGGCAAGCAAUUCAACACUUGGUCGACUCUCUUCCAACUUCACUGCCAUGGGAACUUGGUAAUUGAGCACAUAAUUCCACCACCGGUGGAUCCUUCGGCUAAGACCACCACACCUACCCCUGCUGAACUGUCAUUCACCCAGCGCCUUGACGACAUUGUUCGCCAAUGGAUUUAUGCAACCAUUUCUCCUAACCUAAUGGAUUCAAUCAUCGACCUUGAUGAUAAAGCAAUUGAUGCGUGGAAAAGGUUGGAAGAAUUUUUUCUCAACAAUAAAUCUGAUAGGGCCCUGCAAUUAGAUGCUCAGUUUACUAAUACUCGUUUAGAGCAGUUUGAAGGAGUCACACCAUACUGCUCUCGUCUCAAGUCUCUUGUUGAUGGCUUGAAAAACGUAGGGGAUAAGGUAUCCGAUAAUCGAAUGGCACUCCAAUUGUUGAAAGGUUUCUCGGAGGAGUAUAAGCCCUUUCGCACAUUCGUUCGACACCUCAAUCCAUUGCCUUCCUUUGACACUCUUUGUUCUAUGCUAGAACUUCAAGAGCAGGGCAAUAUGUCUGACCAUGUUUUGGAUUCGAGUGAAGAAGCGCAUAUUGUGCACACAACCUCUUCACAGCAAUCUCACGGGGGAGGUGGUUCCUCACAGCAAUCUUCCACUCGUGGGGGUGUUUCACCGGCACGUGGUGGCCGGAAAAACAACAAAGGCAAAGGCGGAAAGGGCAAGAGUGCCGGCAGUGGUGGCCGGAACUCACAGCAAUCGUCCUAG